AUGGAACAGGUCACCAUCUUUGGGGCAAGCCUGGCUGCCAGACAGGUCAAGAUAGUUGGACAAACUCUGGGUCGCCGCAAAAAGAUGCCAGAAGCCUCCAAGAAGGCUGUUGUUCAAGCCGGCGCCCUCAGCAUCAAGACAGGCCGAGCGGUCAAAAGGUUAAUGGGUGAAAUGAUCGAUGUGGCUGACAAGAAGGGCAACUAUAAGCCGAAAUCCAAUCAGGUUGUGCCUCUCGCUGGGCAAGCUCGACCUGGAGUUACUUACCAAGCGCCCACGUACGAUAUCAACAGCAGCAAUAGAUCGACAGCUUUCAAGAUACGGAAGCGUAUUUCUAGACAUGGGGCUGUCGCUGGGAAAGGGUGGCAAUGGUAUCAGGAGACAUUUCUGAUCAACAGCGCAUGUCCUUCCCACUUCGACCGGCCCCUUUCGCAGUCUCUGCGCAUCGCAAAGCGCCCUUGA